AUGCAACUAAAGUAGUCUUAAAAGGAGUAGAUUAGAAAUAUCAUCAAUUCUAAGCUUUCCAAUAGCAAGAGAGGAGAUGAAAUAUCCUCUUAAGUUGAAGAUAAGGUCAUAGAUUUGAUUGAGAGAUAGAAUUUCUAAAGCAAAGAUAGUCUCCAAGAUAAAUUGUAAGGAGAAUUAAAGGACAUUUUAAAAGAAAACGCUCAUCAUAUUAGUGAAUCAGUUUCUAAGGUAAUUUAUAGCAGCAACUAUGAUAAUAGUGGCAACUCUGCCUAAAAAGAUGACGAUUAUGAACAAAAUUUAUACAAGAACAAAUUCUACUCAGACCAUUCGGAUAAUUCUGAUGAUGAAGACGACGAUGAUGAUGAUAGAAGAGACAAGAGAAAGAGAAAUUUUAAGAAAAGACUUAGCAUUUAGCAAUCUGAUAUAUAAAGCGAUAACGAAAAUAAAAGUUUGAGAAGCGACUCAGAAGGAAGAGAAGGAAAUAAAAGGGUUAGCAGAAAAGAUAGCUAUGCUAGUAAUCAUAGUGGGAAGAGAGAUUAAAAUAAGGAUGAAAAAGACUCUCAUUAUAAUUCAAAAUAAAACUAUAACUAGAACAAUGGAAAAUACCAAAACAAUAAAUACAACAAUAAUAAUAGUAGGUUUAAAAAUGAUAAAAAAAAUUUAAAUAACAAUGGAAACAAUAAAAGAUUAAGUAAUGGACCAGCAGCUCCUUUACCAACUUUCAUGAGUAUGAAUAAUGGAGGAAUCAUUCCAAAUUUACUUACUAAUAAUCCUAUGAUGAAUUAUCCCAUGCCUAAUAGUCUAAAUUUAAUGCAACCUUUUAGCGGUAUAUUCAAUCCAAGAGUAGGUCCUCCUGCACCUCCUACAGGAAAACCAGUCAUCUCUUAAGCUGGUACUGGUGCUCCUUCUAUAACUCUAUCAAAAUCUAAAAAUAUUAUUUAUGUCUUUUACAUACCACCUAAAUUGAAUAAUGUUACUAAAAUUAGUUAGUAUUUCACAAAUAAAUUUGGAGCUGUUUCAGCUUAUGACAAAAUUGAUGAAACCACUGCUUCAAUAAAAUUUGAAAAAGAAGAAUCUGCUUAAAAGGCAGUAGAUUCAAAAGAAAAGCCAUUCAGAAUAGAAUAAAUUGUUGUAACUUUUACUAGAAGCCCAGCUCCUCCCAAACCAGCAUUUGUGAACAAAGGCAAUAAUUAAAACAAUAAUUAAAAUGGUGGAAAAUCCACCUUGCAUAGGAAGCCUAGCAUCGAUGGAUCAGAACCUGCCAAAUAAAAAUUCAUAAAAAAUGAAAACAACAACAGUACCACUUUUAACAACAACAACAACAAUAAUAAUAAUAGCAACAUCAACAACUAAAAACCUAAGCUAGCAAUUAAUUUUGAGCAGAAGAAAAAGCAAAAGCAAUUUGAUGAACAAAAAAGAUUAAUUUAACUAAAAUUUGCAGAUAAGCUUAAAGUGAUGAUAUUCAUAAAAAAAAGGGAAUAAAAUCCUGAAAGCGAAAUCCGUUAAGAAGUUCAAAAAUCUAUUGAUUAAAUUAAAUAAGUCAAAGAUGUACUAUCAAAAGUAUAAACUCAAGAAGAUCUUUAAUAAGUAGAAUAGCAUGAAUUAAUCGUUGAAAAUCAAUAUGAAUUUGCUCAAAAAAUACGUUUCUUAGAAGGAAAAGACAUGAGUUUGACUGAGUUACGUCCUAAGUUACUUGAAUAUGGAAAAGUAGAAACUUUGAAGCCUCACAUUAUGGAAAAAGCUGUUGAUAUAUGUUUUAGCGAUUUUGAAUCAUCAGAAAAAGCAUACUUUGGAUUACAAGGACAAUAUAAUAUAGAGUUCAUUCAUUAGCAUAUUGUUAAAUUUUUAAAAAAUCCUUUCUAACCUUAGGAUGAAGCUUAAGAAGAAUAAGAAGAAGGAGGAAAUUAGUUAGAUCAAAAUAUUGAAUACUAAGAAGAUGAAUAAUAGGGAGAUUAAAUUUAACAAGAUUAAGCAAACGAAAAUUAAGAAUAGUAAUACCAAUACGAUGAAAAUAAUGAGGAAUACUAUGAAAACUAAGAAUAAGCUUAGGAGGGAGAAGAAUACUAAGAGAAUAUUGCUGAAUAAGAUGAAUAGCAAUAAUAAUACUAAGAAUUAUAAGAUAAUUAGCAAAUUCAAGAGGAGGACCAAUAAGUUGAUGAUGAUCUUUGA